AUGGCCAAGAUCAAGAAGCGCGGCGAGGCCGGCGCGGCCAAGAACUACAUCACGCGCAACCAGGCGCUCAAGAAGCUGCAGCUCACGCUCGCCGACUUCCGCCGCCUGUGCAUCCUCAAGGGCAUCCACCCGCGCGCGCCGCGCCACGCCAAGCGUGCCAACAAGGGCAGCACCGCGCCCGCCUCCUUCUACUACGCCAAGGACAUUGCGUUCCUCGCGCACGAGCCCGUGCUGCAGACGCUGCGCGCGCACAAGGCCUUCGCCAAGAAGCUCAGCCGCGCCGUGGGCCGCCAGGAGUGGGGCCUGGCCAAGGGCCUGCAGGAGAGCCGGCCCGUGGCGCGCCUCGACCACAUCAUCCGCGAGCGCUACCCGACGUUCGACGACAGCCUGCGUGACCUCGACGACGCCCUCUCGCUGCUCACGCUCUUUGCCGCGCUGCCCGCCAGCGACCACGUCGCCGCGGCGCUCGUGGCCAAGUGCGCGCGCAUCGUCGCCGAGUGGCAGCUGUACGUCGUGCGCGCCCAGGCGCUGCGCAAGGUCUUCCUCAGCAUCAAGGGCGUCUACUUCCAGGCCGAGGUGCGCGGCCAGACGAUCACCUGGCUCGUGCCGUAUCUCUUCACGCAGCAUGUGCCGCAAGACGUCGACUUCCGCAUCAUGAGCACCUUCAUCGAGCUCUACCAGACGCUGCUCGGCUUCGUGCUCUUCCGCCUCUACACCGACCUCAACCUCGUCUACCCGCCGGCGCUCGAGGCCGCGAGCGACGACGCGGGCGCCGGCCCGCUGGGCGCGCUGCGCCUCGUCGAGCAGUCGCAGGCACCGGUCGGUCCCAGCACGGAUGCCGGGUCGGUUGCGGCCGGCAAGAAGGUCAGCUCGCGCGAGGUCAAGAAGGCCAUCAAGGCCAUCGCGCAGCAGGACACGCCGGCUGAGGCUGAUGAUGCAGAGAGUGGCGAGGCUGCCGCACCGGCAGCCGACGAUGCCGUGCGCGGCGACGAGUUCACCGAGGCGCCCUCCAAGGACGGCACCAGCGCCGGCCUCGUGUCGCUCGCAGCACUUGACGGCAGCGCCGGCUCCUCGAGCGCCGACCUCUUCUCGCCGUACUACUUCUACAUCUCGCGCGAGUGCCCGCGCGGCGUCGUCGAGUUUGUGCUGCGCUCUUUCGGCGCGCCGGCGUCGCACGUCGGCUGGGACGCCGUGCUGGGUGCCGGCUCGGCAUUCGAUGCCUCCGACGAGCGCAUCACGCACAUGAUCGUCGACCGGCCGCCUGUCGCCGGCGCGAGCAGCGGCGCGAGCAAGCUGGCGCGCGUGCAGCCGCAGUGGGUCGUUGACUCGGCCAACGCCGGCACCAUCCUGCCGACGGGCCCGUACGCACCCGGCGCACAGCUGCCGCCGCACCUGAGUCCCUUUGUCGACGAUGCCGCGAUCAAGGCACGCGGUGGCUACGCCCCCCGCGAGGCGAUCAUCGCGGGUGCCGACGCCGAGGAGGCUGCCGCUGCGGACGAGGAGGCGGCAGAGAGCAGCGAAGAGGAGGCCGAGGCAGAGGAGGAGGAGGCCAUGGAUGCAGAGGUCGACGAGAACGCACGGCCAGCACUCGCGGCACUCCUGGCCGACCCGCUCGACGAGACCAGUGCCGGCCUCGAGGCGGCUGCCGAGCUCGAGGCCGAGGCUGCGGGCGGCGAGGACGAGCUUGCGGCACUGCACGCCGCACACGCCGCGGCGAGCAAGCGCGCCCGCAAGCUGGCCAAGGCCGCAGCAGACGCCGCGCCGGCCACGGCAGGCAAGCGGCCCAAGGCCAGCGCAGCACAGCAGGAGGAGGAGGAGGCGCGCAGCAUGGCCAAGAUGCUCAUGAGCAACAAGCAGCGCAAGCUCUACACGAAGCUCAGCUACUCGCAGGGCAAGCGCAGCGAGGAGACGGCACGCCUCGAGCAGAAGCGCGCCCAGCUCGACCGCGACGAGCGGCGCGGUAAGAGCGGCGCCAAGGCUACCGAGGAGAAGCCGGCCGCUGCGGCGAAGAAGGCGCCGGCAAAGAAGCAGGCCAGCUCGACGGCCAAGGCGGCCAAGGGCAAGGCGGCGCGGAGUUGA